AUGGUUGAGGGUGAAUCAAGCAAUGCAAGGAGAGAAGGCUUAAAAAUGCAAGCCGAUUUGGAAGCAAUGACUCAAAGGAUGGAAGAGUCUGAUGCAGAGGAGUAUGUCUACUCUGAGGAGGAGUCUGAGAGCGAGAGAUUGAGGGAGGAAAGGAGAACCAAGAAGAGGAAUGACCCAUUAGUAGAAGUGAUGACUGAGAGUGAAGAGGAAGGAGAGGAGGUGAAUCAAUUGGUUGAUAAGAGUGAGCAAGAUAGUAACCAAGAUGAGCCCAUGGAGGAGGCUGAGCCAAAGAGGAGGAGGAACUCCCUAUGUACCAAGAGCACUACAAUGCUCUCUUCUCCAUGGACUUUGUGGAGACCAAGUACCCACAGAUGA